AUGCUACCAGGGGAGAGUGGUGACGGCGAUGAGGGCGAUGGCGCGGGUGCCGACCGCAUUCCGCGUGUUCAUCCGGGUGUAAUAGCAUUUGGGAAUCACAGGCUAUCAUCAGCGCGCCAACGCGAUGAGAUUGCCGACAAAUUCAAGGUCAGCGCCUUCAACACCCACGACAUCGGAUUCCGGCAACAAGUACCCAAGGUCGUGAUCAAAGGGGCCUGCGAUUAUGCCGAUGGCCACCGGAACGACAGGUUUGAGAAAUAUGCGGCCGCCUCGGCGGCAGCUUGCUUGAAAGCCUUCCUCGUUGAAAUGCCUUGA